AUGCCAGAAGAACAAGGUCAAACUAUAAUGGCAGUUGAUGAACUUCAAGCCAUAAUACAAAGAUGCCAAAUUCUGGAAGAAGCUGAUUUCAAAGGAGAAGAUUUUAAUCUGUUUCAGGUAGCAGGUCAGAAAUGUUUAGAAGAUGGGUAUGCAGCUCAGUUAUUAGAAGUAAUUCAAAAUGAGAAAAAUAAGGUUAUCAUCAAGAAUAUGGGUUGGAAUCUCAUCUCUCCUCUUGUUAGAUGUAUUUUCAUGUAUAAACAGGAAGAUGAUAAGCGAGAACACUGCCUGAAGAUACUAGAUCAUUUGGCACAGCUAUGCAAUCCAAAGGAACUUUUUUUGGGUUUACUUGAGCAGAUUGAGCAGACCUCUGGAGAGCAGGUGUGCCAAACUGUCAUGUUAUUGCUUCAGCCUUUGCAGACAGUGCUUUUGAAACUUCAGAACAAGAAGGCCUACUCAGUGGGUUUAUCUUUGGCCAUGAUUAUGAAUCAGCUUACUCCCUUACCUGUUCCUUAUACAAAACAACAAAUACAAGAAGAUAAACUUGGUCUCUGUCAAUGCUGUAAUGCAGUGGUGGAGUUUGCUAAACCUUUUGUGAAUGAAGUCGUUAAAAACAUGGAAAAGUCAUCAGAAUACAAUGACAUGGAGCUGAAAGAAGAAUUAUUAAAAUUCUGUAUGAAAAGCCUGAAAUACCCAUUAUUGACAGCUCAGCUUGAGCAACUUGAAGGCAUUGAAGAACAUCCCUUUCGGCAUUUUGCAACUGAAAUUAUAGACAUUUUGUGGGAUAUAAGAGAAUUGAUACCAUUAGUGUUUUUACAUCGUAAAGGCAAAAGUCCACACUGGGAGAAUCAGGAGUUUGCAGACAUAGAGCAAAAGAAUUCUGCAGAUUCUUUGGCAUGUCUGUCAUACUUGAUGUUUGUUCAGCAUUUUGGUAUUGAUUGCUUUCCAGUGGUGUUCAGUCCAUCGUACCUUCUGCAAUGCAACAUGACACAUAUUGAAGUGCUACUGAAAAGAACAGAAGAAUCUAUGUUAUCUAAAGGACUUGAUCUGUUUGAGAGCUGUUUAUUGAGAAUGGAAGAUAAUAGCCUUCUCCAUCAGUAUUUAGAAUUCAGAGAUUUUAUUAACGUACCUCAGGAUUUGGUGAAAGUUAUGACCCUUUGUCCCAUAGAGCAUCUGAGAAAGAAGAGUUUAAAUAUUUUGCAGUUGUUCAUAGACAAGUUUGACGCAGAGGGAAAAUAUACAUUAUUCAGGUGUUUACUGAAGACAAGCAACCAUGCUGGUGUGGAAGGAUACAUUAUUAAAAAUAUAAAAGAUCAGAUUCACUUAUCGUUAACGAAGGCAUGUGACAACAUUUGGUUUACAGGACAUCACCUGAUCUCCCUUCUAGAUUUAGUGCUUUUGCUUCCAGAAGGCGCUGAGACGGAUCUUCUGCAAAACUCAGAUAGGAUUAUGGCAUCGCUAAAUCUAUUAAGAUACUUAAUCCUUAAGGAUUGUGAAAGUGAUAAUCAAACUGGUGUAUGGACCACACUUCCCAAGAUUGAGCAGAAUUUUUUAAAACCACUGCACGUAGGACUCAAUAUGUCAAAAGCGCACUAUGAAGCAGAAAUAAAGAAUAAGAAAGAAAACAGAAGAGAGGCACACAGUUCUAACACAGUUUGUUCUGUAACUGUUAGUGGGGAAAAGAUGCCUGCCAUGACUACUGAAAUGCAGCUGCAGGUUUUACACUCGGCUCUCUUCACCUUUGAUUUAAUAGAAAGUGUUCUAGCUCGAGUAGAAGAACUCAUUGAAGUGAAAAUGAAAGCUGUAAUAGAUGAAAAUAGUUAG